GAGGGGAGAGGGGACACUCAUGUGAUGGCGCUCGUCUCUCCUCUCAUUCCGCUUACAUUCUAUUCACGAGACAACGUGCGGUCACGUCGCGCCGAUCUUCAAUUCGUUCUCGACACCGAUCAACGUUGAUCAAUCAGUUUCGCCGAGGAGUAUCACUUUAAGAAUAAAAGAUGCACAGACUACCUACUAUAUUGAGAGGAGCUGCUCUGCGCCAAUUACAGGUGCGCACUUAUGCCAAAGAUGUGCGUUUCGGAGCGGACGUUCGUGCCUUGAUGUUGCAAGGUGUAGACAUUUUGGCAGAUGCCGUUGCCGUGACAAUGGGUCCUAAAGGUCGUAACGUUAUCUUGGAACAAAGCUGGGGAAGUCCAAAAAUUACAAAGGAUGGCGUGACUGUGGCAAAAGGCAUCGAAUUAAAAGAUAAGUUUCAAAAUAUUGGAGCUAAAUUGGUGCAAGAUGUAGCUAACAAUACCAAUGAGGAAGCUGGUGAUGGUACCACAACAGCAACUAUAUUAGCUAGAGCUAUAGCCAAAGAGGGAUUUGAGAAGAUUAGCAAAGGUGCAAAUCCUGUAGAAAUCAGACGAGGUGUAAUGCUGGCAGUAGACAAAGUCAAAGAUGAAUUGAAAACUUUGAGCAAACCAGUUACGACACCCGAGGAAAUCGCCCAAGUAGCAACAAUAUCCGCUAACGGUGACAAAGCUGUCGGCAACUUGAUAUCUGACGCCAUGAAGAAGGUCGGGAAGGAAGGUGUGAUUACCGUAAAGGAUGGCAAAACACUCACCGAUGAGUUGGAGGUCAUAGAAGGAUUGAAAUUUGAUAGAGGCUACAUCUCUCCAUACUUCAUCAAUUCCAGUAAAGGAGCCAAAGUUGAAUUUCAAGAUGCGCUCCUUCUCUUUAGCGAAAAGAAAAUCUCCUCCGUUCAAAGCAUUAUCCCCGCCUUAGAACUGGCCAACUCGCAACGCAAGCCCCUCGUAAUAAUUGCCGAGGAUGUAGAUGGCGAAGCUUUGUCGACACUUGUUGUCAAUCGUUUGAAAAUCGGAUUGCAAGUAGCUGCGGUUAAAGCUCCUGGUUUCGGUGACAAUAGAAAAGCUACUCUUCAAGAUAUGGCAAUAUCCACUGGUGGCAUUGUAUUCGGCGAUGACGCUAAUCUUGUCAAACUGGAGGACGUCCAGGCAAGCGACUUGGGUCAGGUAGGAGAAAUCAUCAUCACGAAAGAUGACACUCUCAUUUUGAAAGGCAAAGGAAAAAAGGCUGAUAUCGACAGGAGAGCCGAUCAGAUUAGAGAUCAAAUCGAGAAUACUACGUCCGACUACGAAAAGGAGAAACUGCAGGAACGUUUGGCAAGGUUAGCAUCCGGAGUCGCCGUCUUAAGGGUUGGCGGAAGCAGCGAAGUAGAAGUUAACGAGAAGAAGGACCGUGUGCACGAUGCCCUCAAUGCCACUCGCGCCGCUGUCGAGGAAGGAAUUGUUCCCGGAGGCGGCACCGCUCUGUUGAGAUGUAUACCAGCAUUGCGACAGCUCAAGGCAGUGAACAGCGAUCAGGAGACAGGAAUCAAAAUUGUAGCGAAUGCUCUGCGUAUGCCGUGUCUACAGAUCGCGCUAAAUGCCGGCGUCGAUGCUAGUGUGGUGGUGGCCAAAGUGAGCGAGGGCAAAUUAGGUUACGAUGCUUUGAAGGACGAAUAUGUCGACAUGAUUGAAAAGGGUAUCAUCGAUCCCACGAAAGUCGUACGCACUGCGCUCACUGAUGCGGCUGGCGUUGCAUCACUGUUGACAACGGCGGAAGCGGUCGUCACUGAAUUACCGAAGGAGGAACCGCAAAUGCCAAUGGGCGGCGGUAUGGGUGGUAUGGGAGGAAUGGGUGGCAUGGGUGGUAUGGGCAUGUAAAAAAAGAAAGACAAAGACUGAGAAAAAGAGCCUAUACUGCGAUCCUGUUUUUAUGAGACACAAAACGUCGCGCAAUGUUGUUAAAAUAGUUCCGGACUUUUAGCUCAGUUCGAACGGAACAGAGAUCCGGUCAGUUUGUAUUUUGAAACAUUACAGCCGAUAACAUACGACGCAUCUAAUACGAAUCCAUCAUUCGAAGACUCAGUUUAUUUUAUAUUGCUUCUGUUCUAAGGAUCUGUAACAUUGUUACAAAACGUAUACUUCAUGCAGGUCAUUCAUUCUUUUUCAUUUAAUAACUGAGUAUAUGUAGUGCAUAUAAGAAUAUUUUAAAUAUGCAAAUGCGUCUAAUGUAAAAAAAUGAUUACUACAUUAUGAAAUGUGUUGAUAUGUUUAUACAGGUGAUUUUGGUGGCGAAUUAACAACUUAACCAAUUACAUGAUAACUUUUAAAUAAA